AUGUCUUAAUGCCGACAGGCUUUAUUAUAUCCGAGAAAUAAUGAUUUGCUUUUCCACUAGCUAAGAUUGUUUGCAACCUAGCCUCCUCCUAGACCAAAUAUGUAUCAAAGCUAGUAUCACUAGCCUAAUCAAUAAACACAGCAAGAUGCCUAAGAGUAUAUCUAUGGGAUCAAUCCAGUACUAGCAUCUUUAAGUGCUUAGAGAAGGAAAUUCUAAAAGCUGUAUCUGAAUAUUACUGAGAAAGGGGAUAGGCGCAAGUCUCAUCCAAAGAUUGACUAAAUAUACAAGAUGGCUCACAGCUUUGGUGUUAAGACUAAAUAUCUCUCAAAGAACGUUGUCAUGAAGGUCUCAAAACUUGACUAUAUCAAGAUAAGGAAACUCUCAGAUAUUGAGACCUUGAAGGACCCCAAGUAGGGCUAGUUCUUUUUGUUUUUGGACUAAAUCACAGACCCCUAGAAUUUCGGCAGUAUUUUAAGAACUGCUAUGUUCAUUGGAGUGGAUGGAAUUAUUGUGAAUUAAAAUAACAGCUGUGGACUUACUCCGACAGUGAGUAAAGUCAGUUCAGGAGCAUUAGAGUUCAUUCCAUUGUACUCAGUUAAAUUUCUGAAACCAUUCAUUGAAGAUGCUCAAAAAGGUGUGCAAAAGUUUAAGAUAAUAAGUACUGAUAUUGAUUCAACUGGAAUUACAGAUGAAUAGCCCGAAAGAGAGAUUGAAGUUGAAGUGCUGUCAAGUGAUGAAGAGGAUUCAGAUAAGCCUAUAAAAGGGAAAAAGGGAAAGUAAUUGGAGAAACAUUCCAAUGAACCAGUUGAUAGAUAAGAAGAAAGGCAUGAGAAAUAUGCAGAAAAGGAUGAAGACGAUAAAAAUAUAGACUAUUAAAGUGAUCGCGUCAUUUCAAUAGAUGAAUUAAAGUUAAAGAAAAAUGAAAAUAUAAUCUUAGUCUUGGGAUCUGAGGGAGAUGGUGUUUCGAAGACCUUAAGUAAGUUAGCGGAUCACAGAGUUAUGAUCCCACCACAGUUAAGCGUAGAUUAGAUUGGCAAAUAUCCUUUCAAUCUUGUAGAUUCUUUGAAUGUUGGAGUUUCUGCUGGCCUACUGAUAUACCAUAUCAGACAUUUAAUGAAGCAUUAAUGA